UGCCACUUCGCGCGUUUUCAAGAAGCUUCGGAAUGACGUCGUUUUUAGUAUCUUGAUGAAAAGGGUCUCUCUGCGUGCAACCGUCGUACAACAGAAACGGCGCGUCUUUGAGGUGGGAGAGAGCGAGAGAGAAAGAGAUGAGCAGGUCAUUGCCCUUUUCCAGGCUCUUCAGCUGGAGCAAGAGAUGGAAACUGUGGUAAAGGUAUUGCAGCCUGGACCUUUAGGAAUCAUAGAGCACAAGUUCUCUGCUGAGGAGAUACGCAAGGCAAAUGCUACAGUUCAGAGGGCUGUGGAAACUUGGCGGCAGAAUGCAAUCCUAGAGCAGAGGAAUCCACUCUUGAAAGAUUAUAUUCAUAAGUGAAGCAUCUGCUCAAGCUAACCUUCACGAGUAAUGGAGCAAUCGAACUUUGUCGAAUACAUAAAUUCUCUCGCUCUAUGCGGGAAGUGAGAACCUGUUACUGUGCAGUUCAUGUAUUCCUUUCACAGUUUUGUUUUUUUAUGUUGUGAUAUGAAGGAAGAAAUGCUUAAUUUCGUUUAGUCUCAAUAAUUACGACUCAUUUGGCAAGUAUACAUAUGUCCUAUCUUUCACUGAA